AUGGCGGGGCCCCGCGCCGACGACGCCCCCGCCGCGCCCUGGAAGCGCCACAUCGUGCGGCAGCUGCGCCAGCGGGACCGCGCGCAAAAGGCGCUCUUCCUGGAGCUGGUGCCGGCCUAUAAUCGUCUCCUAGAGAAGGCUGAGCUGCUGACCAGGGUCUCAGAGAAACUCCAGCCAGAGCCAAGCGAUGUCACUACUCACCAGGGCCCCUGGGAGGAGUUUGGAUUUGACUCAGCCCAAGUCCCAUCACCAACCACUGUGAAGGCAAAAUGGCAAGAAGAAGAGGAGGGGCUUCGUCUGGUGUGCGGUGAGAUGGCCUACCAGGUGGUGGAGAAGAGCUCGGCCCUGGAGGCCCUGGAAUCGGUGCUGAAGGAGCGACAGAGCAGGCUGGCGGCUCUGGAGGCGCGGGUGGCGCACCUGGGAGAGGCGCGGGCGCAGCGAGCGGAGCAGGUGGCGGCGCAGCAGGCCCGGAACGCGGCGCGGCGGGCGGCCUAUGAGGAGCUGCGCGCGCUCGCCGCGCUCCGGGAGGCCGCGCUGCGCCGGCUGCAGGAGGAGGCGCGCGACCUGCUGGAGCGGCUCGUGCAGCGCAAGGCGCGCGCCGCCGCGGAGCGCAACCUGCGCAACGAGCGUCGCGAGAGGGCCACGCAGGCGCGGGUGUCCCAGGAGCUGGAGAAGGCUGCCAAGCGGACAGUGAGCAUCAGCGAGAGUACGAACACCCUAGGUGAUGGGAUCAAGGAGGGGUCAGAGGCCGAGGUCCUCGCCCUGCCUGCAAAACCAGCGUCCCAGGAGAGUGAAGCUGGUGAAAAGUGCUCCAGGUCCUUCAGGUCUGCCUCUGCCACCUCCCUGACGCUGUCCCGCUGUGUGGAUGUGAUGAAGGGGCUUCUGGAUUUUAAGAAGAGGCGAGUCCACUCAGUUGGGGGAGCCCCCGAGCAACGAUACCAGAGCAUCCCUGUGUGUGUGGCUGCCCGGCUUCCUACUUGGGCCCAGGAUGUGCUGGAUGCCCACCUCUCUGAGGUCAAUGCUGUCCGUUUUGGCCCCAACAGCAGCCUCCUGGCCACUGGAGGAGCUGACUGCCUCAUCCACCUCUGGAACAUCGUGGGUGGUCGCCUGGAGGCCAACCAGACCCUCGAAGGAGCUGGUGGCAGCAUCACUAGUGUGGACUUCGACCCUUCAGGCUCCCAGGUAUUAGCAGCUACUUACAAUCAGGCUGCCCAACUAUGGAAAGUGGGGGAGGCACAGUCCAAGGAGACACUAUCUGGACACACAGACAAGGUGACAGCUGCCAAAUUCAAGUUAACGAGGCACCAGGCGGUCACUGGGAGCCGAGAUCGGACGGUGAAAGAGUGGGACCUCGGCCGCGCCUACUGCUCAAGGACCAUCAAUGUCCUUUCCUACUGUAACGACGUGGUGUGUGGGGACCAUAUCAUCAUUAGUGGCCAUAGUGACCAGAAGAUUCGUUUCUGGGAUAGCAGGGGGCCUUGCUGCACUCAGGUAAUCCCUGUGCAGGGCCGGGUCACCUCCCUGAGCCUCAGCCAAGAUCAGCUCCAUCUGCUCAGCUGUUCCCGAGACAACACACUCAAGGUCAUUGAUCUGCGUGUCAGCAAUAUCCGCCAGGUGUUCAGGGCUGAUGGCUUCAGGUGCAGUUCUGACUGGACUAAAGCUGUGUUCAGCCCAGACAGACACUAUGCACUGGCAGGUUCCGGGGAUGGAGCCCUCUACAUCUGGGAUGUAGACACAGGGAAACUGGAGAGUAGACUUCAAGGACCCCACUGCACUGCCAUCAACGCUGUGGCCUGGUGCUGCGCUGGGAACCAUGUGGUGAGCGUGGACCAGGCCCGGAAGGUUGUGCUCUGGCAUUAGUAUCACGACCCCCUGCCUGGGCUGGAGCGCCAGAGUGAAGCCUGAAGCCAGAGGAGAACUUUGCCCUGUUCCACAGGCUCCAGGGGUCCAGGGCUGGGGGUGUGGUGGGAGUGUGUGUGGGUGUGACCUCAGGGCAUUUAAUGGGAAGAAGGCCUGGCAGGACCUAGCCUGUCUAUAUAAAAACCAAAUAUUGUUGUGUUUUUUCUAUUUCUGUCUUCUCACUUUCCCCAAAGUGGGAAAAAAAUUGCAACUGAACUGGUGUCUGCUUACCUCCUUGCAGUAUGCAGGAGUCAGAGAGGCUUUGGGAUUGGUGGUCCCCUG